AUGCGCAACGACUUGCGUCUUGCCCCGGAAGUCGUUGGCACCAAGCUUAGCCAAGGCAUUGAGAAGAAUCCUUGGCGGCGCGUUGAGGCUGCCGGUACGCGUGAUACGACCGCCAGCUCCAGUUUUCCCAAAAUCGUAUUGAACCAGCCCACCAUAGUGACCUGCAGGCUGGCUGAUUGCGACGUCGCCGAGCCGAAUAUCAAUAUCCUUAUCGAGGUUCGGGACUCCACCGCCGAUGCCGACUAG